AUUCAUUUAAAUCUGUUUGAAAUAUUUUUUCCUAUUAUUUUUUUCUUUAAUAUCGAGUUUUAAACUAAACAAAGGGUUAUAAGUAACUUUUCAAUGUAACAAGGGGCCAGAAUAGUCAAUAAGAUAUGUAUAUUGCAUCAGUAGCUACCACUAUUAAGUUCCAUGAGUUUCCUAACGGCAACGUUAUUCAUAACUACCAGCCUGGAAAAGUAGAGGGUCCAAUCCGAAGCGUCUCUUGGAGCCGAGAUGGUAAUUGGUUAGUCGUAGUUCCUCAUUCCGGUCAGACUGAAAUAGUAAGUACUAAGGACCAACUUAAGCUUCUUAAGACUAUCCAUGAAGUAGAUGAGCCCACAGUAGCUUGUUUUCAAAACACGACAAAGAAACUUGUCGGUAUAGGAACAAAGAGUGGGUUAGUGCUAAUAUAUGAUAUUAAAUCUAGAAAUGUUAAGAAGAGAUUUCCUCGAGCCUCAACACAAGUUACUCAUGUGGCGUUUACAGCUAAGGAUACUCAUUGUGUUGCAGCUUGUAAGAACGGGGAAGUACUGGUUUACAAUAAUGUAACGAACAGUCCACCUGCCAACCUUAGAGUUCCAAAAUCAAACUCAGUCAGUUGCCUUAAAACUAAUCAGUUAAAAAGGAAUUUAGUUUUAGGAGGUAGCAAUGAAGGCAUCGUUGUUGUUUGGGAUAUCAAUAUCAACAGAAGCAAAUUUUGCACUGAGGCUCACAAAGCGCCUGUCAGUUCUGUAGCUUUCUCACCUGUUAAUCCAGACUUGAUAAUUACUGCCGGUUCUGAUAGGCAGUUCUGUUUCUAUGACAUAAUAGACAACAAAUGCAUAGCUAAUGUUCCGGUUGAAAACAACAUCACUGCCGUAGAUUUCUCACCAGAUGGAACCUCCUUCGUUUUGGCGUCUCAAAAUGGCCGAGUGUAUGUGUAUGAUUCCAGAAAUAUUCAAGAACCUGUACACUCUUUUAUAGCCCAUAAAAGUGCAAUAAAAUACAUCGCAUUUCAAAAAGUAAACGAAAGCAACGACUCAAGUGUAUGUAGUAUAUCUAAGUCUAGCGAAAAUAGUGCUUGUUUACUAGCCGAAGAUAUCAAAAAACAACCUCGCAGAAGUGUUAGAACAAGCGAUUUCUUUGGAAUGUACGUGCAUACCGUAGACGGUGCAUUGGAAGCAAAAUCUGUAGCUUCUAUGGAAGGUGGCGACUCCUUUAUAGCGGCACUAGGUUUAGAUAAAAGCAAUGCCUCAGAAUCUGUCAAUAACGAUGACGUUUUUCUUAAAGCUGAUAUCAGUCGUUUACCUAGCAUCCAUGAUGCAGAACUUCCUUCCUCGAACUCCAUUCAUCUAGGAAAAGUGGAUGUAAGCGAUUGCAAACCCAAACAAUUCUCUUCGACGCCCAAAUUUCAGUUCUUUACAAAAUCGGAAAUGAGUCCCACUAUUGUACAGAAUGUUGUACCUAAUAAUGCUUCCACCAGUGACAUUAAAGCUGUAGUAAGAGAAUGUUUCAACGAAGAAUUUAGGAACGUAGUAAGUGAUUUAAAGAACGAUAUUAAGUACCAAGCUACUCACACCACUUACCAAUUGAGAUCUAUGCUCCUCGACAUGCAGAUGGCAAUGGUUAAGGAGUUUAUAAAAGUUGAAAAUUUUAAUAAUAGAUUGCGCGAUGAUAUGUUGCCGAACUCGAAUUAUGAAGCUAGUUUAGUAGAAGAAAACGAUAGAUUACGGAAACGAAUUGAUUUCUUAGAGGAACAAUUGAAGAAUUUAUCAGAGGAUAAAGAAAGUGGAGUGUAGUAUGUUUGUUUUUCAGAAUGUUUGUAUGUAACUUAAAGUGUUUUGUAUUGUAUUUUUUAUACUGAUAAAUAUAUUUUUAUGAUGUA